AUGGAGCCCAGGAGAACGCUACAAGCAAGUCUAACUUUGUUAAUCUUUGUCACCAGCAGCUAUGGGGGACACUUAAAGUCAGGGCCCACUCUAAAAAUGGACCAGGCUUUGUUAACAUUUCAUAAUCAGCUGGCAGAAGAAGUGCAGGUCUUCUACACGUCAGAUCACUGCUACAAGUGUGUGUACCAGCACUUGGUCACUGUGAAGCCCAACAACAACAAUGCAUCUGCAGUGAUCAACACGAAAUUCACUCUGACUAUGCAAGUGUAUUCAGAGAGCAGGAAUGCGACUCUCUGCAGGAGGUGUUAUACAUCACAACGUAUUAAGACCAUUUGCUGCCAAGAUUCACAGUACUCAGUGGAUAAUGACGGAGCGCCGGCUUGUGAAGCUGAGGAGCACAAUACCACUAAAGCUAAACCAACACGUCUGCACUCACUGGACACUUUCCGAGGGUUCUCCCUGACUGUGAUGGUGUUUGUGAACUACGGUGGAGGGGGCUACUGGUUCUUCCUACAUGCACCAUGGAACGGCCUAACUGUGGCAGACCUUGUCAUGCCAUGGUUUGUGUUUAUUAUCGGGACUUCAGUGGUGUUGGCUUUCAGAUCCAUGCAGAGGAGAGGGGUCAGCCGCCUGCAGAUGCUGCGCAAAAUCACUUGGAGAACAGUCGUCCUCCUGAUGCUCGGCUUCUGCUUCAUCAACUACUCUCCAAGAGACGGACCACUGUCCUGGUCCUGGCUGAGGGUCCCUGGAGUGCUGCAGCGUCUGGGCUUCACCUACUUUGUUCUGUCUCUCCUUCAGACUUUCUGGGGCCAGAAGAAAAUCCCACUGAAAGCGAAUCACUGGUGGAACCCCGUCCAGGAUGUCGUCCUUUAUUGGCCCCAGUGGCUGAUUAUCAUCCUGCUGGAGACUCUGUGGCUCUGCAUCACUUUUCUCUUACCUGUACCCGACUGCCCCACAGGGUAUUUGGGAGCUGGUGGAAUCGGUGAUAACGGUCUUUACCCAAACUGCACUGGGGGCGCAGCAGGAUACGUUGAUAGAUGGAUGUUUGGUGAUAACUUGUACAGAUACCCCACAUGCAAAGAACUGUAUCGCACCACGCAGCCCUUUGACCCAGAGGGGGUUCUGGGUACAAUUAACUCCGUUGUCAUGGGAUUCCUAGGGAUGCAGGCCGGGAAAAUUAUCAUUUUCUACAAGGGGAUGAACCUCCACAUCCUCGGUCGAUUCCUAGUGUGGGCCGUCAUCCUGGGAAUCUCUGCAGCCAUCCUUUCUAAGUGCACACGAGACGGAGGAUUUAUACCUGUCAAUAAAAACCUUUGGUCGUUGUCCUUCGUGAUGUGUAUGGGCAGUUUCUCCUUCCUGCUGCUGGGAGGCAUGUACUUUGUCACUGAUAUCAAGGGCUGGUGGGGCGGACAGCCGUUCAUAUACCCAGGGAUGAACUCCAUCUUUGUAUAUGUUGGCCACUCUCUCCUGGGUUUCUACUUUCCGUUCAGCUGGGAGAUUCGCUUCCAGGAGAGCCACUGGGAGACUCUCUUCCAGAGCCUGUGGGCAACUUCACUGUGGGUGCUCAUCGCCUACCUGCUGUACAGGAAGAAAUUCUUCCUCAAAAUAUAA